CGGGCACCUCCCUCUCAGAUUAUUUUCCCCUGAUCGCUUGUCACCUUGAAUCCGCGCCGCCUCCAACAGGACAGGGGCUUCGGUUGGCGCAACAGCAGCAGAUAAGCCAGCUCUGUCUGCCAUGGAGCAGGAGUUGCACCAGCCCAUGGAGCUGCCCCCGGGCUUCCGUUUCCACCCCACCGACGAGGAGCUCAUCACGCACUACCUCGCCCGCAAGGUCGCCGACGCCCGCUUCGCCGCGUUCGCCGUCAGCGAGGCCGACCUCAACAAGUGCGAGCCCUGGGACCUGCCCUCGCUGGCGAAGAUGGGGGAGAAGGAGUGGUACUUCUUCUGCCUCAAGGACCGCAAGUACCCGACGGGGCUGAGGACGAACAGGGCCACGGAGGCCGGGUACUGGAAGGCCACGGGCAAGGACAAGGACAUCUUCAGGGGCAAGGCCCUCGUCGGCUCCAAGAAGACGCUCGUCUUCUACACCGGGAGGGCGCCCAAGGGCGAGAAGUCCGGCUGGGUCAUGCACGAGUACCGCCUCCACGGCAAGCUCCACGGCGCCAUGCCCAAGCCCGCGUCCAAGAACGAGUGGGUUCUGUGCAGGGUGUUCAAGAAGAGCCUUAUCGUAGGCGUAGGCGUCCCGCCAGCAGCCAGAAGGGGCGCCAUGGAGAUGGCGGCCAAGAUGGACGACAUGGCAGCCAUCUCUCACCUCCCUCCGCUGAUGGACGUGUCCGGCGCCGCCGCCAACCCCGCGGCGGCACACGUGACCUGCUUCUCCAACGCGCUGGAGGGCCAGUCGUUCCUCAACCAGACGGCGGCGCCGCAAGUCGCCGCCGCCGCCGCCACGGACCAUCUCGGCCUCGCAUCCUCCUCGCCGUUCCUCUCCAGCUUCGCGCAGUACGGCUCGCUGCACCACGGCGGGGUGAGCCUGGUGCAGCUCCUGGAGAGCAGCGGGUACGCCGGCGGCGGCGGCCUACCGGACAUGCCCAAGCAGCAGCAGCAGCCGGCGCCGCCGUGCAAGGGCGGCGAGCGGGAACGGCUGAGCGCGUCGCAGGACACCGGGCUCACCUCUGACGUUCACCCCGAGAUCUCCUCCUCCUCCGGCCAACGGUUCGACCACGAGCAGCUCUGGGGCUACUAAGCAUAAGCUUCACCGCGUCAAUGGCGAUUAGUAUAGCACUGCUGUAAAUAAACAUCUGUUGGAGAUCGAUCGGUCGUGGCGUGCAUGUUCCAAUGAUUUGUUCGUGUGAUUGUAGAUUGUUACUAGCCGAUUUGGGUGGGGUUGUAAUUAGCAUUGCUGUAAUCACGAUUUGGUGCAAUAUUUCCUUGGCUAAUGAUGCCAAGCUAUCGAUGAUGAUGGCUACCUUCACUA